CUUAUCUCCACAAGGCAAAGCUCAAGUUCAACAGCUGUAAGAUUCUCUGACAGAUAAAGAAGAUUACAAGUAGGUUAAAAUUUCCAAGCUGAAGUGGCCUCAGCACGAGUUGUGGAAUUGACAAAAGAGUCUGUGAAUCUGAACAAGCCUUGAACCCGAAUUUGCGGGUGUGGUGACAUCAAUCCAAACAAACCACAAAGAUUAGAGAGUCAAAGAGAGUGGAAGUGUCCUCUUGGGAAAUGACUCAAAGGAUCCCUCCACUGAUACUCCUGCUACUGCUGUUUUCUUCGUAUGGAUCAUCUGAUGGAUGCCUUCAGGAUCCUGCCCAAGCCUACAGAUUCACUGGAGCCGUGUGUCGUCUCACGUACCCUGCAGCUGUAGUCUUGAAUGAGAAAACCACCAAAGUGAUCGAGGCAGCAUUCCAGCAAGCCAAAUAUCCUUCUGUCAAAGCUGAGAAUACAGUGCUCUUCAUUGGGAAAGUAUCAUAUGGCCUUGAAAAUUUGGAGAUUCAUAACCUGACAAUCGGUCAGAGCUCUUUUGAGCUUCGUCCGGGUGAAGGCAUCUCCAUGGAGAUAAGCAACGUGUCAGCAGUCUUCACAGGGACCAUCCAUUAUGGAUAUGGAAGUUGGCUCGUAAACGUUGCUCAAUCAAUCGAUUUUGAGAUUGAAUCACAGAUAGACCUUGGAAUCAACCCCAAACUGUAUUGUGGUAAAGGGAAGGUAGCAGCAGACACAUCAUCUUGUUACUUGAACUUUGACAAGCUGCAUUUACACCUACAGGGAGAGAGGAAACCAAACUGGCUUAAGAAGCUCUUCACUGACUUCAUCACAUUCACUGUCAAACUAGUUAUCAAGGGACAGAUUUGUAAGGAGAUCAACAAAGUGGCAAGCAUAUUAGCCGACUUUAUACAGGAGAGAGCAGAGCAGUUCCUCAGUGACGGUGACAUCAGAGUAGAUAUUGGUGUGACCGCUCCUCCCACCAUCACUGCUAACUACAUAGAAUCAUACCACAAGGGGCUCACAACUUAUAAUGACUCUUCUGCUGUUAUUAGUGAUUCAACUUUCAACCCCAGGCAGGUGACUGAGAACAGGAUGAUCUACUUUUGGAUCUCAGACCAGGUUUUAAACCCUUUGAUGACAGCUCUCCACCAAGAUGGUCGCUUCCGGCUCAACAUCACUGGAGCAGAAUUGAUGGAACUUCUCAAGACAAACAUCUCCACAAACAUGCCUGAUUUUUUUAGAAAGUGCCUUGCAGAAACAAGUAAUUCAGAAUUACGCCUGUGGAGUUCAUCUGUGCCUUACAUGAACACUUCCACACUUGGGACAACUGUCUGGGCUGAGGCCUCUGCCCAUCUGUGGUGCAAAGGUCAAGAAACUCUCUUCUUUCAAGCGUUCAUCACCACUACUGUCACAGCUUCUUAUGAGAACAAACACCUCUUGCUGGACGGCAAACCUUUAGAGAUUGUUGUACUACAGGCUGAUUUAUACCAAAAUCCUCUGAAGGAUCAAGCACAAUUGAAUUUCAUACAAGAAGCAGUGGUGAAGAUGGGCAUCCCCAAGGUGUUGUCUGUACUUGAAACAGAGAUAACCAGGCUGUUGGACAAACAGGGAGCAUACUUAUUCGACAUCUACAACCCACAAGUGACUCCUCAGGAUGGAUUUGUGAUAAUACAGAUGGACUUUGGUUUUCCUCAUCACCUCCUUGUUGACUUCCUCAAAAAGACACUACAGCAAACAAGCCAACUUCAACAAUAAAGUGUCAAAUUUGACAAAACUUUGGGUGCUGUAGGUGUCCAUUGGUGAUUGGGUCCUGAGAAAAGUCAUCAAGAGGAAGUCUUGGUCCUCACCUCGCUGCACCAAGAACAGCUACACCAGACCUGCCUGGGCUGCUGUGUAAUCGCACUUGAUAGGUUCAGAUUGGUUCAGAAAUGAGCAACGAUGUUCACCCACUGUUUAUUUAUUUAUUUAUCUAUUUAUUUAUUUAUUAUUAUUAUUAUUAUUAUUAUUAUUAUUAUUGGUCCUGGUUCACCUCUAGACCUUGGUAUUUUGUUAUGAUGAAGUUCCUUAUACCUAUAAUUACAGUUCUGGGUUUGUUCUGCCUUUUCAUGAUGUGGAUAAUCGCACGUUUGAAAUCUAUGAUGGUUCGAGCAAGGUCAAAUGUUUUUGCGAACUAUGCCCUUCUACAACAAGUAGACCCUGAUUAUAUUCAGCUACAGCCAAAAGGAAACUUUUGAUGCCUUUUAUACGCUCAAGUCUAAAUGAUGAACUUUCUGAAAAUGCAACAGGAUUCUGAUGUCCCCACUCGUAUUUCCAAAAUGAUAAACAGGAGGGAAAUAUUAAACAAAUCAUUCAUGUGUUCUCAUUUUGUACAUACUGUAGUUGGUUUCCACAUCACCACCUAGCUUCUACCUUUGAACUCAUUGUCUUGAAAACAGAUGUCAUCAAUCAAACAGAUGUAAUCAAUCAGAUCUAGUCAAUCAAACGGUCACAUCAUGUGAUUUAUGUGAAUAAAAAGAAGCUGCAA